CCCCCGCUCCCUCCCCGGGACCUUAAAUACCAGCCGACCAGCUACAAAGCAGAACGCUGGAGCAGAAGCGAACCAGGAGUUCCUCCGAGGCUGUGACGGGGCCACGUGUCACUGAGUGGGUCAAAUAGUCCACGCGCUCCUUUUUUUCACCUGUGAGGAUCUGCCCCCACGGCGACAGCCUCCAUCCCCGCAGCGAGGGGAGCGAGGCCCGCACCACCCACCACCACCACCAGCACCACCAGCAGCAGCACCGGGGAGCUCGCCUCACGCCGCGCCCGAAGAGUUCUCCCGUGGAAAGGUUCGAACACUCCGCAGCCAAAAUGGGCUGCUUUGGAUUCCUCAAAAUGAUGAUGUUCGUCUUCAAUGGCGUUAUAUUUCUGGCCGGUGCGGCCAUCCUGGGCGUGGGCAUCUGGGUGAAGGUGGACAGCGGCUCCAUCCUCGGGGUCCUGGGGAAGAUCGACAACGCGCCGCCUGAGCUCGGUCAGGUGCUCAACGUGGGCUACCUGCUGAUCGCCAUCGGCGUGCUGCUGCUGGUCAUCGGCUUCCUGGGCUGCUGCGGCGCCGUCAGGGAGAGCACGUGCAUGCUGCUGCUGUUUUUCGUCAUAGUCCUGGUGGUCUUCAUAGCGGAGGUAGCAGGAGCUGUGGUCAUCCUGGUAUUCAGACCCUUGGCCGACGAGUUGCUGACCAAGCUUGGCAAAGCUGCAGUUGAGAGCAUCAAGAAGGACUACGGGGAGAAUGCUGACGUGACGGGACUGUGGAACACCACUAUGACCAGCUUGCAUUGUUGUGGAUUCUACAACUCCUCAGACUUUGUGGACUCUCCAUAUUACGAGCAUCACGGCAGUCUAUACCCACCGCAGUGCUGUGCAGUGACAGAGAGCGCGUGUGUCCAAACUGCUGCCACGAUUACUGGGUGCUUCCCAAAGAUCAAAAAGCUGUUUGAAGAGAACACGGUGGUCAUUGUGGGGGUGGCCCUGGGAAUCGCAGCUCUGGAGAUAUGUGCCAUGGCUGUUUCCAUGAUCCUUUACUGCAGAAUAAAAUCCAAAGGGGACUAACUGCAAAUGGUGAAAGGAUCGUUUUGAUCACAGAGCAAAAAUAAAUUGCCUUUUAUGAGUAAAAAAGCCCCGUUUAUUAAGGGCAGUUAAUGUAAUUUCUAUGCCAGAAUCACUGAAUGACAUUAAAGAUGUAUUUUUAUCAAACCUAUAUUGAAUGUAACAGAUGCCACGUAUGAAUUUCAAUGAUCUAUUUCUUAAUAACACUGCACUUUGUAAAUCGUCCUACUUCUACUUUGCAAUUAACCGUAACAUGUGACCAGUCGAUGAGAAUUACCUGUUGUGAUCAGGAAUCAAAGGCUGGUAGUUGGGCACAGGAACCACUGAUGAUGUAAUAAGAGCAACAGAUAUGAUGCACUAUUUCUAUGUAUAUUGUCUGGUGAUGACAUUUGAAAUAAAGUGCAAAGUAUUUGUAGCCCCC